GCGAGCGGCAAAGCUGCCUGGGGAGCGUCCAGCCGGCGGCUUUUGCCCCAGCUCUGCGCCUCCGCCCAGCAAGACUGCCUAAGAAUUUUGCCUGGACUUUGGGUUCUCAGCUCUCCUGAUCAUGCCCCUGUUUGGCUUUUUGCUCUGGGCCACCCUGCUAAUCGUGGGCUGGCAGCCAUCCUACUCCAAGGAUUACCUAUUUGCUGCACCAAGGGUGCAGCUCUCUUUCAAAGAGCUAAAGGCCACUGGCACUGCUCACUUCUUCAGUUACUACAUCCUGUCUCUGGACCUUCACGACAUCAAUCGGGAGCCUCUAAUUAUCCACUGGCCUGCAUCCCAGCAAAGAAUAGAGGAGUGUAUCCUAUCAGGGAAGAACAGCAAUGGCGAGUGUGGCAACUUCAUCCGUCUUAUCCAGCCCUGGAAUCGAACCCAUCUAUAUGUGUGUGGCACUGGGGCAUACAAUCCCGUUUGUACCUUUGUCAAUCGGGGCCGUAAAGCACAGGAUUACAUAUUCUAUGUGGAACCACAGACACUGGAGUCAGGGAAAGGGAAAUGCUCUUACGAUCCAAAGGUGGACACCGUGUCAGCAUUAAUCAAUGAAGAACUCUAUGCAGGCGUCUACAUUGACUUCAUGGGCACUGAUGCUGCCAUCUUCCGGACCAUGGGCAAGCAGACUGCCAUGAGGACUGACCAGUACAACUCCCGCUGGCUAAAUGAUCCAGCAUUUGUUCAUGCCCAGCUCAUCCCAGACAGUGCUGAGCGGAAUGAUGACAAGCUUUACUUCUUCUUCCGAGAGAAAUCCACCGACGCCCCACAGAGCCCUGUUGUCUACUCCCGCAUUGGUCGCAUUUGCCUGAAUGAUGAUGGAGGCCACUGCUGCUUGGUUAAUAAGUGGAGUACAUUCCUGAAGGCGCGACUUAUUUGUUCUGUGCCAGGGCCUGAUGGGAUUGAAACACAUUUCGAUGAACUCCAGGAUGUCUUCAUCCAGCAGACUCAGGAUGUGAAGAACCCCAUCAUUUAUGCUGUCUUUGCUGCUUCUGGGUCUGUAUUUAAAGGCUCUGCUGUGUGUGUCUACUCCAUGGGGGAUAUCCGUAUGGUCUUCAAUGGACCUUUUGCACACAAGGAAGGCCCCAACUACCAGUGGAUGCCUUACACAGGCAAAAUGCCCUACCCUCGACCUGGCACCUGUCCAGGAGGGACGUUCACUCCUUCGAUGAAAUCAACCAAGGACUACCCUGAUGAGGUUAUCAAUUUCAUGCGCACACAUCCCAUGAUGUACAAUGGUGUGUACCCCAUACACCGCCAGCCACUAGUCGUGAGGACCAACGUCCACUACAAGUUCACAACCAUUGCCGUGGACCAGGUGGAUGCAGCUGAUGGGCGCUAUGAGGUGCUUUUCCUGGGCACAGAUCAAGGCACAGUACAGAAGGUUAUAGUUCUGCCCAAAGAUGACAUGGAAACAGAGGAACUGAUGCUGGAAGAGGUGGAGGUGUUCAAGAUUCCAGUCCACAUCAAGACCAUGACUAUCUCUUCCAAAAGGCAACAGCUCUAUGUGUCUUCAGCCAUCGGGGUGACACACUUGGCUCUUCAUCGCUGUGAUGUGUACGGGGAAGCCUGCGCUGACUGCUGCCUGGCCAGGGAUCCCUACUGUGCCUGGGAUGGCAAGUCCUGCUCCAGAUACUCUGCUUCCUCCAAGAGACGAAGCAGACGUCAGGAUGUUCGGCAUGGCAACCCCAUCCGUCAGUGCAGGGGCUACAAUUCCAAUGCCAGCAAGAACACAGUAGAGGCUGUCCAGUACGGGGUGGAAGGAAGCACAGCCUUUCUGGAGUGCCAGCCACGCUCUCCUCAGGCCUCCAUCAAAUGGCUGCUCCAGAAGGACAACAGUGACCGAAGGAAAGAGCUGCGCACAGAAGGACGGGUGCUGAGGACAGAGCAGGGGCUGCUGUUGCGAUCCUUGCAGCUCUCCGAUGGAGGCCUGUACUCCUGCACGGCCACUGAGAACAACUUCAAGCACACAGUCGCCAAAGUGCAGCUGCACGUACUGAGUAGCGAAACCGUCCAUGCGGUGCUUUUCCAGUCGGAGGCUCCCGCCCCUUCCGCGGCAGCCAUGCGAGCUGGCCUGCCCGGCACCUUCAGCUCCCACUACCACGACCUGGUGCAGCUGCUCACCCAGCCCGAGAUGGGACUCAUCAACCAGUACUGCCAGGGCUACUGGCGGCACGUGGCCUCCAGCCACAAGGAGACUCUGGCUGGGCUCAAGGCCAAGGAGCUGCACGACCAGAAGAAACCUCGGAAUCGCCGGAACCACCAGCCAGAUACGGAUCCCCACACAUGAAACUGACCGAGGGACUUUGUAAUGACAGUGCUUUAUU